CUACUGCGCUGCGCAUUGACUGGUCAAAGCGGACACAGGAGUCGGAGAAGUGUGUGUAACAUUCGUGGGAACAAUUUGUUUCAUCAAGAUGCAGAUCUUUGUGAAGACCCUCACUGGAAAGACCAUAACCCUUGAGGUUGAGCCCAGUGACACCAUCGAGAAUGUUAAGGCUAAAAUCCAGGACAAGGAAGGCAUCCCCCCAGACCAGCAGAGGCUGAUCUUUGCUGGCAAGCAGCUGGAAGAUGGCCGCACCCUGUCCGACUACAACAUCCAGAAGGAGUCCACUCUGCAUCUUGUGCUGCGUCUGAGGGGAGGUAUGCAGAUCUUUGUGAAGACCCUCACAGGAAAAACCAUCACCCUUGAGGUUGAGCCCAGUGACACCAUCGAGAAUGUUAAGGCAAAGAUUCAGGACAAGGAAGGCAUCCCCCCAGACCAGCAGAGGCUGAUCUUUGCUGGCAAGCAGCUGGAAGAUGGCCGCACCCUGUCUGACUACAACAUCCAGAAGGAGUCCACCCUGCAUCUUGUGCUGCGUCUGAGGGGAGGUAUGCAGAUCUUUGUGAAGACCCUCACUGGAAAAACCAUCACCUUGGAGGUGGAGCCCAGCGACACAAUUGAGAAUGUAAAGGCUAAAAUCCAGGAUAAGGAGGGAAUCCCCCCAGACCAGCAGAGGCUGAUCUUUGCUGGCAAGCAGCUGGAAGAUGGCCGCACCCUGUCCGACUACAACAUCCAGAAGGAGUCCACUCUGCAUCUGGUGCUCCGUCUUCGUGGAGGAAACUAAGCUGCUUCUGCUCAAAAAUUUGUGGCAGUAUUUAAAAUGUUAAAGCAUUCCUUUUUUUUAAUCUUCAAUAAAGUUUUAGCAUUUCUGAGUUUCUUUUUUAAUUGCAUGCUGACAUUUGCCUUAAGUGUAUUUAACAACCGAAUCUGGAUAAUUAUUUUGCAGUUCAGAGUUUAUGCUGUAAAUCUGAAACCUGGAUGUUUAUUAAAAAGAGACCUGAACAUGGAAAUGCUGUUACUGAGUGUUGAAAGCAAAUAAAAGGCUACUCACUGUCA